AUGAGUCAUUUAGGGUUCAAACACGAGGUCUACGACGGCGACAAGCAUGUCGGCGAACUCGACGUUUUCCCGACGACACCGUUUCACAACUUCCGCUUCCCCAACAACGAGAUUCGCAUCCACCAUUUCAGCGCCAAGAGCGAGCGCUGCCCUCCUCUCUCGAUCCUUCAAACCAUUGCGGCAUUCAACGUCCGCUGCAAGCUCGAUUCCUCAGUCGCUGUAGAGCAAAAGGAACUAAUCUCCAUCCACGCCAGUUGCUUCUACGAAAUGAAGACGGCGGUGGUGGUCGUAAACGAAGAGGAGAUUCACCUCGUUUCGAUGCCGAGCAAAAGGAAGAAGUUUCCGUGCUUCUGGUGCUUCGUGGUUCCUUUAGGACUCUACGACGCGUGUUUGGGGAUGCUGAACCUGCGCUGUCUGGCGAUUGUGUUCGAUUUGGACGAGACUCUCAUCGUGGCGAACACGAUGAAGUCGUUUGAAGAUAGGAUUGAGGCCUUGAGGGGUUGGCUAUUGCGCGAGAUCGACCCUUUGCGGGUGCAGGGGAUGUCCGCAGAGCUUAAGCGCUACAUGGAGGACCGAUUGCUGCUGAAGCAGUUUGCAGAGAACGAUUGCGUGGUGGAUAACGGAAAGGUGUAUAAGGUUCAGAUGGAGGAGGUGUCGCCGCUUUCUGGUAGCCACGAGAAACUGGUUCGUCCGGUUGUUAGGCUGCAAGAUAGGAAUAUUGUACUUACUCGCAUCAAUCCUGAGAUUCGUGAUACUAGUGUAUUAGUGAGAUUACGGCCAGCAUGGGAGGAUCUAAGAUGCUAUUUAACUGCAAAAGGACGCAAGCGGUUUGAAGUAUAUGUGUGUACUAUGGCUGAAAGGGAUUAUGCUUUGGAAAUGUGGAGGCUUCUUGAUCCUGAGGCACAUCUUAUAGGUCCAAAGCAAAUCAUUGAACGUGUGAUUUGUGUCAAAUCAGGCUCCCGGAAAUCCUUGCUAAAUGUUUUCCAAGAUGGUAUAUGCCAUCCCAAAAUGGCAAUGGUUAUUGAUGACCGGUCAAAGGUCUGGGAAGAUAAGGAUCAGCCUAGGGUUCAUGUUGUUCCUGCCUUUACUCCUUAUUAUGCUCCUCAAGCAGAGACGGCCAAUGCUGUACCAGUCCUAUGUGUAGCGAGAAAUGUUGCAUGCAAUGUCAGAGGUUGUUUUUUCAAAGAGUUUGAUGAGAGUUUAUUACAAAGAAUUGCUGAAAUCUUCUUUGAAGAUGAUAUUGGAAUUUUACCUCACCCUCCAGAUGUGAGCAACUACUUGAUGUCUGAGGAUGUGCCAAAUGGUAACGCCCCUCUCAGUGAAGGAAUCAAUGGUGCAGAAGUUGAACGGAGGUUAAGCCAACCUGGUGAUAAAUUUCCUGUUGACAUAGUUACCCAACCCAUGGCAAACAGUGUUGAGUUCAGGCAUGAACCCUCUCAGCCAACUGGUGGUAUUAUUUCAAAUGUCACUGGCCCUGGAUCUUCAAGAACGCUGAUUCCAUCACAGAAACCUGGUUUGCUUGGACCUCCAGUCAAGCAUGAAGGCAGCUCUGUUGAUCGGGAAUAUGACACACGAAAAGGUCUUCUAAGCAUGAGGCAUGGUCCAGAUAUAAGAGGUCAAAUUUUGGCUGAACCUCCUCUUAUAUCAAGGCCACCUAAUCAAGCAUCAACAUCUUUAAUAAUGCCAAAGCCAUUUGGCGGUGGGUUGGUAGAAGAUGAUCUAACCAGCAGAACUCAGACAAAUGUUUGGCCUUUAGCAUCUGUUAAAGAAUCUAAUGUAGUAAAGUACGAUAAGCAUCAGGCUCAACUGAAACCAUUUUCUCAUAGUGUCAUAGGUUCACCCCCCAACGUUGUGCCCCAACAAGCAUCGCAACUUAAGGCUGAAGAGGCAACUUCUGUUUCUGAUUUGCAGAGGCAGAAUGCUCCAUCUAAGUCUCUGCUAUCAGAGGAUGGGAUAUCUCAGAAUCAUGCAUCUUCUAAUGGUAAGGAUCUUCAAAAUGAAGCUGGAAAAUUGAACUUAUUACCCCCUCUAUCUAUUCAAGUGCUGCAGGAAAUUGGGAGGCGGUGUAACUCAAAGGUUGAGUUUAAGUCCAUUCUAAGCACCAGCAAAGACUUGCAGUUUUCGGUCGAGGUACUGUUUACUGGUGAGAAAAUAGGUGUUGGUAUGGGCAGGACAAGGAAGGAUGCUCAACAACAAGCUGCUGAGAAUGCCCUUCGCAGCUUAGCAGAGAAGUAUGUGGCACAUGUGGAGCCUCAGUGUCGAGCUGUUGAUAGAGAGUUUGACAAGCUUUCUCUUGGACGUGAUAAUGGUUUCGUGUGGGAUGUGGUCAAUCCAGAAUUCAAUGAACUGCAAACAGAAGAUGGAGUGCCUAGAGAAAAUGCUUCUGAGGCUUCGGAUGCUGAGACUAGGGUAUGUACACCUAAUGCCAUUAAUCAACAAAUGGAAAAGCGUAUCAGCUCCCCGAGAUUUGUCUGA